AUGAUUAAAAGCUUUCUUAUUUUAAUUGUCUGCCCUGUGUUAUUCAGAUUCAAUGGCUUUUUUGAUGAAGACAGUACACAAGAGACAUUGUACCACAACUCAGUUUGCCCGCUGAUUCCUUAUGUGCUACAAGGCCACAAUGCCAGUGUGUUUGCAUAUGGUCCCACUGGGGCAGGAAAAACACACACAAUGGUUGGAUCACCAGAACAACCAGGAUUAAUACCAAGAUGUGCAGCUGAAUUGUUCAAACUGAUAGAUUCACACUUGGAUUCAAAUUCACAGUGGAAAUACAAGGUUUUCUUUUCAUACCUGGAGAUAUACCAGGAAAAGAUUAAAGACUUGUUGGAUCCCAAGAGAGAUGAUUUACCAAUAAGACAAGAUCGGAAACAAAAUAUCAUCAUACCAAAUUUAACAGAGAUGCCGAUAGAAACUCUGGGUGAAUUUAUGUCCUUAUUUGAAAAGGCCAGUCAGCAGAGGAAAACUGCAGCUACAAAGCUGAAUCCGCACUCUAGUAGAAGCCAUUCUAUUGUGUUGAUGAAGGUUCAAAAACAGCAGCAGGUAGCACCAUUCACAAACCUCAGUGGAAAGUUUUACCUUAUUGACCUGGCUGGAUCAGAGGACAAUAGAAAAACAGGAAAUGAGGGAAUAAGGUUGAAAGAAAGCGGUGCUAUCAAUGGUUCGUUGUUUGCUCUCGGGCAAGUCGUGGAUGCGUUGAACCAGGGUCUGUCCAGAAUACCCUACAGGAACAGCAAAUUAACACGUCUUCUCCAGGACUCCCUCGGUGGCACAGCUCACGCAUGUAUGAUUGCCAACAUUGCGCCCGAACGCAGAUUUUACGCAGAUACAACCAACACCCUGAACUUUGCUACCAAGUCGAGAACGAUCAUUAAUGAGCCAUUUGUGAGGCGAUCUGUAGACAAAUCAGUAGCGUUUAAGAGACCCGCUGACGAAGCCUUACUUCAGAAUCAGCGUAAGCGCCUCAAACUGGAUUCGUCAGUUACUCAAGAGCAUCAAAAGCCCGAAAAAAGGCCACUCCUUGCUCAAAAGCUUGCCAUCCCAGCUGGAAUUUUAAGUCCCCUUAGAGUUGAACAGAGGAAGUUACAAGAUCGCCUGGCAGCUUUAGAGCGACUCACCCACGAACACUCUGCUCCGCAAGCAACGACGGAACCUGAAGGCAGCUUGUCUAAAGGGCUUGCUACUACACAAAAAACCUCGCCGCUUUCUGAUCAAGCGUCAGGGUUUGCUCGUUUACCGCUCAAAGACGCUAACAGAUCAGAUGUGUCUGAUGAAAUCUGGUCAAACCUUCCUCAGACUUCAGACGGAGUUCUGGAUAUCUCUCUGCCGUUCAAAAAACAAAAAACCUCCUUGACAGUGGACGAAAAUUUCAAAGUCAAGAUAAACCCUCAUUUACAGGAGACACACUACAACGAAAUUCUGAGGGUGCUAAACAAUGGAACCAUCAAGGAACUGAAAAAACUUCAAGGCGUCGGCCAAAAACGCGCCAAGCUUAUAGCGGACUGGAGAACAGUCUGCGGGCCAUUUCAGCAGGUAAACUAAUGACUUAUCACAAAAGAUGGCUUUAAAUAAAAUUGUCACUUCUUUGGUAGUUUUUGUUCGAUAUUUGGGUAAAAAUCUCUCUGGGGUUCGCUCGUAACUUGACAAAAACCAACAUCACGAGACAAAACCUUCACCUAUCUACUUUGUGACUAGGUGUCAC